AUUGCCUAUCCUAGAAUCGACUCAUGCUUGGUCGAAUCACGAACGUGUAUUACAUACACGUCCGUGGUCGAAUCGACCAAAGGCCCCUCCUCCCACUCUCUUCUAGUUGAGAAGAAGGGCAGCUUAUACGAGAUUUAAUUGUUUGUUGGUUUUUUUUCCUCGCUUUUCGAAAAAUGACGCAUGAUGCACACACAUUUAUAUUUGUUUUCGCCAGAUGCUAUUAUCGUACAGCAUGCGCAUCCAUAAAACCACGAUAGUUCCCAGACGGAUCAGUUUGAAUUUGCUAAGCAAAUAUUUGUUUUUUAAAAUCCGUCGUAAAUUUUAUUUGUAUGUAUUAAUCAGAUACUAAAUAUAACUUCAGUCACCUGCACCUAAUUAAUCUUCUCUUUGAUGCUUUGAUGCAAAAUGUCAUGCUGCGUACCUUCGAGGGCACCCCUGUUUCUCAAACGGCAAGGGGUUUCCCAGAUAUAACUUUUCUGUUGUCGUCUGUUACUCUUGGCGUGGUGUUUGAAGUGCACCAAACCGAUGGCAGACAAACCACCUCUGAAAAUCCUAUGUAUUCAUGGGUACAGACAAAACGCACAGCUGUUCAGAGAGAAAACAGGAUCGUUUCGCAAAGUGAUCAAGAAAUAUGCUGACCUUGUGUUUAUUACAGCACCAAACCAGGUGCCACCUCUUUCAUCUGACAAAGAAGUCAUUGAGGGAGAUCAUACAGGCUGGUGGUUUUCCAAUUUGGAUGACUCAUUUCAUGCACAAGAUCGUACAGACUGUUGUAAAGGAUAUGAAAAUUCAGUUCUUCUGAUUGAAAAAACAUUAAAAGAACAGGGUCCCUUUGAUGGCAUAUUAGGUUUCAGUCAAGGAGCAUCAAUGGUGUCGUUGCUAUGUGGGAUACAGGAGCAACAACCAGAUAAAAAAUUGUUCAAUUUUGCAAUUCUUGUGGCUGGAUUCAAGAGCCGAUCAUCUUCUCAUGACAUACUAUACUCAAAGAAGAUCUCCAUACCCACUUUGCAUGUAUAUGGAGAGUCAGACAAAAUCAUUCCAAAAGACAUGAGUGAAGACUUGCUCCAGUACUUUGAGGAUUACAUUGUACUACAGCAUCUUGGGGGUCAUUUUAUUCCAACUGGGGGCCCCCAGAAAAAAAUCUACUUAGAAUUUUUGGAGAAAAUGAGAAUUUGCAAAGCCAGUACAUAAUAUCUUUAUUAAAACUGAUAGAAAGUUAUACAAAUUAUAUUUGGUCACUCAGAUGACGUUUUGAUGUUGUGAUCAGAUUAUUGCUACAAUAGAAACAUUACUGACUCAUUACUACAACAUCAACAUUCAAUGCAUCAAAAUGUUGACAAACACAAAAGCAUUAAAUUUUUUGGUAACAGAAAUUAUAUAUAACAGAAAGGUGUUUCUCUUGAAAAAAGUCUGCAUUAAAGAUGGGAAAAACCA